GACGGCGGUAACGCACCGUGAAGCUGUGGCCGCCAUAAAACCUCGCAGGAAGAAAACAGACUAGCAGAGCUGCUAAUGCUAACAGCCAUACGUCAAAUUCAUGUAGCCAGUUAGCCAUGUAGCUAGCUAACGAGGCGCUUAUAAAAGGUAUAAAUAGACUGUACAGACUCCGGUUAACGGAUCAGAUACCACAACGACGGAAAAUAGCGAGGAAAGAUGCAAGCUGGUGACCCUGUGGUUGGCGCACCGAUGGCAGUAGCUGGUGCUCAGAGUCGGUCGGAGGACGAAGAGUCACUCGGUGUAAAAGAUGUGAAAAGGACAGCAACACAAGCAUUUGGCAGUGGUGUCCCCAAACGCAGAAGUUCCUCCAGGUCAAUAAAGAGGAAGAAGUUUGACGAUGAGCUGGUGGAGAGCAGUCUCGUGAAGUCGUCCAGUAGAGUCAAAGGCCCUCCUGUCAUAGAGCCUGUCCGCUGUUCAGGAAGUGAACCUUCAUCUAGCGAGAAAAAAAAGGUGACAAAAUCAGGAACUGCUCUCACACCGCCUCUCACCAUGGUAGUAAACCCUGCACCCAUCACUAAAAGAGUAAAGAAAAGCAAGCAGCCUCUACAUAUUACUAAAGACUUGGGACGAUGGAAACCCACUGAUGACCUGCUACUUAUAAAUGCAGUGUUGCAGACCACAGACCUAACCUCAGUUCAUUUGGGGGUCAAGUUCAGCUGUCGUUUCACAUUGCGGGAAAUUAAAGAGAGGUGGUACGCUCUCCUCUACGAUCCUGUCAUCUCAAAACUGGCAUGGCAGGCCAUGCGUCAGCUUCACCCAGAAGCCAUUGCAGCAAUCCAAAGCAAAGCUCUCUUCAGUCAGGCUGAGGAGGCACUGCUGGCUAAGAUUGGUUCAACCAGUCAGCCCAAACUGGACGUGUUCCAGGAGCUUCUGAGCAAACACCCCGGUGUAUUUCACCCAUCUCGCACCCCCAAGAGCCUGCUGGUGCACUGGCAGCUGCUAAAGCAGUACUACCUACUGGAUGACCAGAGUGUCCAGCCUCUCCCUAAAGGCGACCAGGUCCUCAACUUCUCUGAUGCUGAGCAGAUGGUCGAUGAUGUAAAGUUAAAGGAGAGCAGAGAUGAGGUGUUGGAACAUGAGCUGAUGAUUUCCGAUCGUCACCAGAAAAGGGAGAUCAGACAAUUAGAGCAGGAGUUGCCUCGUUGGCAGGUGCUCGUGGACAGUAUCACAGGGAUGAGCAUGCCUGACUUUGACAACCAGACGCUAGCAGCAUUACGAGGAAGAAUGGUUCGCUACCUCAUGAGAUCUCGAGAGAUUACGUUGGGCAGGGCGACCAAGGACAAACCCAUAGAUGUAGAUCUAUCACUAGAGGGACCUGCCUGGAAAAUAUCAAGAAAACAAGGAAUUAUUAAACUGAAGAAUAAUGGAGACUUCUUCAUUGCCAAUGAGGGCAGACGACCCAUCUACAUAGAUGGCAGACCAGUCCUGUCGGGCAACAAGUGGAAACUCAACAACAACUCAGUGGUGGAGAUCGCAGGUCUUCGCUUUGUGUUUCUAAUUAAUCUGGAACUCAUCUCACUAAUAAAAGCUGAAGCAGCCAAGAUGACACAGCAGUGAAUGUCAGCCAUCCAGCAGAGGAGUGAACAUGCAGGACAUACUGGCAGGCGAAUGGAUCCACUGUUGUCCAACAGUGGUUAACAGUUUUUCUCAUGAAGCACAGCAGUGCUACUACGAAUCAGACAGGCAACAGCCAUGUUAACAUGAAAUGUGAACUUUAAACAGACUACAGCUAAAUGCUGGAGAACAGUUGUAACAGGUUUGACUUGUUCAGGUUUUACUUGUUGUUCAGACAUUUUCCAUGUUGUAAUGUAGACACUCUCAUGGUAGAGCCUUGUUUUUCCAAUUUUUCAGAAUAUUGUAUUUAAAUUCUGUAGUAAAGCUUUUUCAAAAUAUUAAACUUGUAUACACGA